AUGACCCUUUCUUUGACUGGAGAAAGCUCAUGGGACUCCUCUGUGGGGCGCAAGUGCUCCGAGCUUGCGGAUGAGCUGAAGGAGAAGGGCGUGCCUCUUCUUCGCGUGACACGCACCUACACUGUAAAGAAAGUGCUCAUAUCCUUUUCUCCUGUGGGCGAUGGUCUUCAGUACAAGCCGGCGUCGGAGCAUCACAGUUCUCUUCUUUUUGCCGACAUGUGGGCUAUUCGCCCCCUACCGCCUUCCCACAAAAUCUGCAGUAAGGCAGGUCUCAAGCACUUUCAGUACUGCUUUCAGGUGGAGUCCCAGUUUGGCUGGUCGUGGAAUCUCGUAUGCAACACUGCGCUGGAGCGCAGCACCUGGAUCGACUUUCUAGAGCAGCGCCGCCGCACCUUUCUGGGCAAGAGCCGAGCCAAUGCGGCAAAUGCGUCCGUCGAGCGAUACUGGUUCAUCGCGGCGCAGCAGGGAAAGACGAAGCUAUCCUUUAAUGAGAUAUCGAUGCUCGCCAACAAGCUGUUUGGUCGCGUGCCCGCUGCGGAGUUUGCCGACCGCUUUCGCCAGUGCGACAGCGACAAAGACACAUGUCUCAACUACGAAGAGUUUUGUGAGUUCUUCCACUACUUCAACGAGGCCAAGGCAGCGCGCAGUAUCUACGAGAGGCAGACAUCAGACGGCGCAUCUGGCAUGACGGCAGAGGAGUUCACCCGUUUCUGCAUCGCAAACGAUGCGGCGGCCACCGUGACGCCGAUGCGUUGUGCGUCCCUAUUUCACCUCUUUGCAAACAGGCAGUCGGACCGAAUGGCUUUGAACGGCUUUACCGCCUUUCUGCUGCACCCGCACCACAACUCCAUCGUAGACGCACGCCAACUUCGCUUGGCAGACUCGAUGGACCACCUCCUUCCACACUACUUCAUCAACAGCUCUCACAACACCUAUCUCACCGGCAAUCAGCUCAAUUCUGAGAGCUCCUACAAUAUGUACCGCGACGUGCUGUUGGCCGGUUGCCGCUGUGUUGAGAUCGAUUGCUGGGAUGGCCCCUCUGGCGUGCCCGUUGUGUAUCAUGGUCGAACCAUGACCACCAAAAUCGCCUUCGAAGACGUAGUCCGCACCAUCAAUGACUACGCGUUUCAAAACCCUAUCGACUAUCACGAAGCCACCUGGAACCCUCGCGAAUUCCCUGUGAUUGUGUCCCUCGAAGUGCACACAAGCCCAGAACAGACAAACCGGAUGGCAGACAUCAUCCGCAGUGUGUUCAAGGAGCGUCUGUUUCUCUCCCGCCUCGAUGCGUCCUCGUACACACCGGCGAAGCUGAAAGGUAAGAUCCUCGUCAAGUGGAAGAUGAAUGCCGCCGGUGUGGAGGAUCUCAAGGAUACGACGGGUAGCGGGAUUCGGGCAGACCGUCGAGCGCCUCUGCUCACCACGCUGAACCUCUCUACAUGCGCCUCGAUUGGGACCGUCCGAUCCACGUCAUGGGGUGCCGAGGAGCAACCCUUCAACGUUCAAAGCUAUGUGGAAGGAGAAGUGGCUCGGCUAGAGGCGUGCUCCCCGGUGGACUUUGUGCGCCAGAACACACGCAUGCUCUCCCGCAUCUACCCCGCGGGUACUCGCAUCGACUCUUCCAACUACGAUCCCAUGCUUAUGUGGCGCCUCGGCUGCCAGCUGGUAGCGCUCAAUUGGCAGACGCGAGAUCACAACUUUCGCGUUAACGAGGGCUUUUUCACACAUCAAAACGGUGGGUGCGGCUACGUUCUAAAGCCUGCGUACCUGCGCGAUGUCGGUGCGGGAUGCAGCGCCGCCCCUUUCACCCUUGCGUUGCGACUCAUCUGCGGUUCACAUCUCGGCACCACGUUCGACGGUGCCGACGUCAUCCACGUGUCAUUGCGGGUGUGGGUUCACGGCGAAGCGUGGUCGCAUGAAACCAUUGCCGUGCCAACUACAAUCUAUCCCGAGUGGAACGAAAGAAUGGAGCUGCAGGGAAGGUGCAAGGAAACCGCAGUGCUCUGUCUUUGCGUUGUGGCUCACACCCGCAGUGGCGCCACGCAUGAUGUAUGCACAGCAUGCCUUCCGGUGCGUGUUUUGCGAACUGGGUAUCAUGCAGUGCCGCUCCGCCACGCCAAAAGUGGACACACGGCCGAGGUCGCGUCCGUCUUGUGUCACCUUUCCUUUAAGACCUAG